AUGGACAAAAGUGCGUCCACAAUGCAGGGAGAGGGUCUGACGACAAAAGACGAACGUCAGGCACUCACCCAACUAGAGCGGGUGACUUCGGCCAUCUGGUCGUUGCCGUCGAUCUGUGUCGUGGGUGUCCUCGGGCCUGCCAAGAUCCGCUCCAACUUUCCAGCCGUAGAGACCCGUCGUGCGGCGUACGAGCUACCCGAUGGCGUAGAGUUCGUGGUCGGCGGUGUGCAGACGACCUUCCAGUGCGAGAGGAGCGGCUACUUCGCUGAUGUCAGCAACAACUGCCAGCUGUUCCACAUCUGCAACGAGAUCUACAAGGAGGACGGCUCGGUCGAACUGCAGCAGUACAGCUUCUUCUGCGGCAACCAGACCGUGUUCAACCAGCUGAGCCUGACGUGCGCCCAUCCCGAGGAGUCAGUGCCGUGCCAGAAUGCCCCCGACUUCUUUUACAUCAACGACAACAUCGGCCGUCUCGAUGCACCGGCUCACACGGAGGACGACUUGCAGCGCGCCGCCCCGCUUGUGCCGGGCUUUCAACAGCAGCAGUCCUUCGCGGCCGCGUCCAACAGGCUCGAAACGAAAGUGAAUCCCCAGAAGUGAACUCGCUCUCUGCACCUCUACAUUCUGUCGUUAUUGCGCGUGUGUUUUCGGUGCUCUCGUAUAGCGCUGCUACAUGUGCGCGGCCACUUUCCUUCGCGCCUGGACACCGUUUAAUACCAGCAUUAUUUCCCGAAUCGUGAGUGAUGUAUACCGAGGAGCAAAUCGGCGGCGAUCAUUAGCGAGCAACGUUCGAGAUUUUGAACACUCGUGUUUUGUACCAAAAAUAUUUUAAACUGCAUCUUGCCUGACAUUUUUAAGGCAUGCUUGAAAAGAGAAGAACCAGGAAGCAAAUCACUAAAGUUCUUAUUAGUCCUUUUUACCACUCCAUCUGCCUUCUCUAAUGUCCCCAGUAUUAGGACUGCCUGAACAUUUUUGUUGCAAACAUUUCUAUAGCAUAGGAACUUUUCGUGAACACGAGUCCAAGAGGAUUAGGGGCCCGUAUAGGGUUUACAUAUAAUCCAGCCGUGCCUAUCACUGAUCGAUUUUGCUCUAACUUAAAUCAGUAAAAAUCGUUUUAAAUGAACACCGAAAAGUAUAAAAGUGGCCGCUGCGCGUGAAUGAAUACUCUGUAGCAUCGUUCUAUACGAAAACUACAUUCUGAGAUUACAACAACCUGUCGGUCCAGUGUGCCAUGCAACUUAUACUACCUCCGUGCUCGUUCUUUAGCAUAACGGCAACGUUCUUCCUUUCUCCCUUUGUUGCACCAUGCGUGUCGCUUGCUUGCUGCGGUUUGUCAGGCGCCGAAUCUGGGGAUAUUUUCUUCGUGAGUGCUCUUUGCCUUCGGCGGGUUGCCUUUCCCUAGUAAUGUGUUCCGCGUAUGGAUUGGCUGGGGUUUUCUCGUACGAAUAAUCGCAGCGUUUUGUGAGUAUACGUGUCCAGUCCAGUAACAAAACCGCAUGUGCGAAUGGCAACACAUGGUGUUCUAAAGAGGUGACCAUUGCUGCAUGUCCUCUUGUGUGGUAUAUGCAUGGGAAGAGUGCCUGACAAUAUAUCUUGC